AUGCAUGAGUGGAACUUCACUACCGUCAACGAUGGAUACACAGCUCAAGCGCACAUAAACCACGUUCUCAAACUACACAGUGGAAAAAUGCUUGGAGGAAGCAGUUCCUUAGGCCAUCUACUUUACGUUAGAGGAAGCUCACAUGACUUUGAUGAAUGGGUUAAAUAUUUAGUUGACAAAUCAUGGAGCUAUCAAAAUGUACUUUAUUAUUUCAAGAAAUCGCAAAAACUGGACUACAAAGACUUUGUUUAUCCGGGCACAGAUAUCUUUCAUAGUACUAAUGGAGAAAUGGGCGUAAAAAAACUUGUUAAUCAAAUUAGUCAAAAAUAUUUAAACAUUUUUAAAGAAGCAGGUCAUUCGACUAUGUUUGAUGGAAAUAGAAAUAUAUCAUUAGGAUACUACGAGCCAAUGUUCAUGAUUAGAAAAGGUAUUCGUCAGAGCACAUCUAUUGCAUUCUUAAGCCCUAUAACCACACGGUCAAAUUUACAUAUUUUAAAAGAAACUGAAGCCACUAAAAUUUAUUUUCAUAAUUUACUUGCUAAGGGAGUAACUGCUGUUAAAGACGGUAAAGAAAUAUAUAUUAAAGCUAACCGAGAGGUAAUUAUUGCAGCUGGUACAAUUAAAUCAGCACAGCUAUUGAUGCUGUCAGGUAUAGGUAUAAAAGAACACUUAGUAGCCAAUGGUAUACCGUUAAAAAAAGACUUACCAGUUGGUAAAUUUUACCAAGACCACUUAGCUGUGAUUCUUGUUCAUAAAUUUAAAGCUACUAAGACAAAUAUGACCUCUUACGAUCCUCGUGAAAUGGGUGUAAAUAUGAUAAUAGGUAACGCUGCGGUGAAUAAACUCAAACCAUAUCCAGAAUAUCAAACAUUGAACUACAUAAUACCGAGUAACUCAGACAGACUGUUAUCACUCUGCUCUUUAACAUAUUCCUUUUCAAACGAAGUUUGUAAUUCGCUAUACAAUCAAACUAGAGGUUUUGAGACUAUGUUUUCACUGAUUGUGUUGUUACACCCGAAGUCAAGAGGUCAUGUUGCCUUACAAAGCAAAGAUUAUCAACAUCCUCCAAUGGUUAUUUCUGGUUUUUAUUCUCAUGAAGAUGAUAUGAAAGAUGUGGCAAAUUUUCUAGUGGACUUUCUUCAAAUACAAGAAACACCUGUUUAUAAACAAUAUGGAGGGGAAUUUAUUGUACCUAAAAUAGAAGCAUGUAAUAACCGCACAGGCGUUGCAUAUUGGCAUUGCUACGCAUUGAAUAUGAUGGUAAGCACAUAUGACUACGCCAGUUCUUGUUCGAUGGGUCAAGUGGUUGAUGAAAAAUUAAAAGUUUAUGGGAUGUCUGGUCUUAGAGUAAUGGAUGCUAGUGUGAUACCUUUACUUCCUAGUGGGAAUAUUCAAGCAACUGUAAUGGCCAUAGCAGAAAAGGGGGCUGAUAUGGUAUUGAGAGAUGCGAAACAUCAAUUUCCAGCAAGAUGUGAUUAA